CUUCGGGAGCUGAAGAUGCUCCGGACACUGAAGCAGGACAACAUCGUCGAGCUGAAGGAGGCUUUUCGCAGGAGGGGGAAACUCUACCUUGUCUUUGAAUAUGUUGAGAGGAACAUGCUGGAGCUAUUAGAGGAACUACCCAACGGUGCACCGCCUGAUAAAGUCCGCAGCUACAUCUACCAGCUCAUCAAAGCCAUCAACUGGUGUCACAAGAAUGAAAUAGUACACAGAGAUAUCAAACCUGAGAACCUCCUCAUCAGCUCUGAAGAUGUUCUCAAACUCUGUGAUUUUGGUUUUGCUCGUAACCUGUCUGAAGGAACAGAUGCCAACUACACCGAGUAUGUAGCCACAAGGUGGUACCGCUCACCUGAGCUGCUGCUGGGGGCUCCCUAUGGAAAGGCAGUGGACAUGUGGUCGGUGGGGUGUAUCCUUGGGGAGCUGAGUGAUGGACAGCCAUUGUUUCCAGGGGAAAGUGAGAUUGAUCAGCUCUUCACCAUUCAGAAGGUUUUGGGUCCACUCCCUGCAGAACAGAUGAAACUAUUCUACAAUAACCCUCGAUUUCAUGGAAUCAGGUUUCCCUCAGUUACUCAUCCUCAGACUUUGGAGAGACGGUACCAGGGCAUCUUGAAUGGUUUGAUGUUGGAUCUGAUGAAGAACCUGUUGCUGCUAAACCCUACUGAGCGUUUCUUGACGGAGCAGAGUUUGAACCAUCCAGCCUUCCAGCCUCUGAGGCAGGCAGAGAGAGAGAGGCCUCCUCCUGCAUCUCCUAACCCACCGCGCUCCUCCAAGAGGAAAACGCACCAUCAUGGAGAAAACACAGUCCCUACAAGGAGUCACAGUAAGAGCACGAGCCGCCGCUCCAACAGCAAAGAGUGUUCCAGCCUUCCUCGUCACGGCGACCUCCAUCACCUCGGCAAUGAGAGUUUCCUUAAUGGUAACAAACCUGCCCCAUCCAGCUUAAGUCCUACACUCCACCCCAAGGGCCAGUACAUGUCCCAGACCCUCAAUCGCUCUGCCUCAUCCAGCAAAGACUUGGCAAACAACAACCUGCCACACCUCCUCAGUCCCAAAGAAGCCAAAGGCAAGACAGAGUUUGACUUCAACUUGGGUCCCUCCCCAAAGCUGUCAGACCAGGGGCACGGGGCAAAGUACGGCCACAGCAAACCAAGCUCCUCUCGCUCUCAGCAGCAGCAGCAGCAGGCCGGUCGCCACACCUUCCUGGAAAACAAGACAAACACCCUGCAGUCUGGAGCAGAGAAACAACAUGGCCGACAUGCCCACAGUAUGGCCGACUCUGCCCACGGAUCCAUGUCCUCCUCUUCUAAGAGUUCGGCCUCUUAUCUCAGCCUGUCCAAGAGCCACAGCGCCCUGAGUGAUGCCAAAUCUGUAGGGAACCUCAGCGAUGGUCGGCUCCAUCCAGAUGACCCAAACUCCAACACAACAGCAGGGGUGGGACCCAGCGCCCGCUUCUUUCCUGCCAGCUGUUUAGACCUCAAUGCCCCUUCAGGUCCUCCGGGCCCACCUGGCAGCCCCUCUGCCCGACACAGUGAUCGAUCCGGGCACAGCCCCGCCUCUCGUAGCAGCGGCAAUAUCCGCAUGGAGAGCAGCACACUGGACUCCUCAUCCAGACACAAAUCCAGACAUAAACCUUUAGCACCAGAGGAUGCCGGUGCUCCGGAGCUCUUAGACCCAGGAGGAGCAGGGAUGCAAUCCACUCACACUCUGCCUUCCCCACACGAGUCUUAUCAUUACGGCCUGGGCUAUACCUCCCCUUUCUCCUCGCAGCAACGGCCUCAACGCCACUCCAUGUAUGUGAGGAGGGAGCGACACCGACCCCACGGGGUCGAGGGUGGGAUGGCGGGCUUGCCUGCACCAGGGCAGGUGAUACCGACACGAGCCAGUAGCCUGCAGCUCCUCUCCCCACAACUGCAGCACCGGACCACCCUCACUGGACACUCAGUGAGCUCUUCAAGAGAGGACUGCACUGAUGACAUGACGAGGAGUGAGCAGUCCCCUAAAGACAUGAGCCACCCUUGUGCCCCCAUCAAAGACUCUGCGAGGGACAACACUGCUGCUUUUCAUACACAGCGCUCUAAAAAUGAGGUCGGUAUGUAUCACGACCCUCAUGGCGAGGAUGGAGGUUCCUCCAAGGAGAACCGGAUGAUCUUCACUGAGUCCAUGCCGCGGAGAGUAGGCAGCUUCUACCGAGUUCCUUCCCCCAGACCAGAUAACUCCUCCUCUUUCCAUGACGGUGUCAGUCAGGGUCGAGGCCCGGUCGUACCUGUUGUACCUGGAGACCCUGUUGCAAUGGCCAACCACUCCAAACGCCAGACCGCUUUUGACUGGACCGCAGCAGAAGCAAUGGUCAUGAAUCCUCCAGAGCCCACCAAAGAGAAGGAAAAACAAGGCUUCUUCAGAGCCAUUAAAAAGAAAAAGAAGAAGACACAAAUAACGGACAUGGAGGACGGGAGGAACCCCAGCAUCAAGAAAAGUCUUUUCCCCCUCUUUAGCUCUAAGAAUAGCUUAAAGCACAACUCAGCUGUCAAAGUCCUACCUGUAGUCGCCUCGCCUAUGGUACAACACCAGCCUACUGCGCCCUACCCUGCCUCACCAGUUACUGGUAUGGGACAGGAACACCUGUCCCUGCAGAGGAGCUCCAAGCCCUCCUCUCAUCACGGCAGCCGGCGGAAAAACCGUGAGCGAUCCCGAGACAGAGACCGGGAAAGAGAGCAGAGCCGGGACCGAGACAGAGAGAGGGAGCGAGAACGGGAGAGAGAAAGAGAGAGAGAAAGGGAGAGAGAGAGGGAAAGGGGAAGGGAGAGAGAGAGGGUCAAUGACUGGCCACCAGAGAAACCAGUGGACUCGCAUUCUCAGAGUCAACCACUCAAGUCACUCCGCAGGCUCCUUCACCUCUCCCCUUCUUCCUCAAAUCAAGGACAGCCUCCUCCUCCUCCCCCUCCAGACCUGCGCUUCCAAGCCCCCAUCCCCAACCCCCCUCAGCCCUCCUCCAAAGCGGGCUACCCUGAGGGUCGAGGGCACGCCGAGAGCAGGGGGCACUCCGGGGUGAGCAGCACCUCCCAGGCCAAGAGCCGCAAGGCCAGCUACCCCCUCCCCGGACAGAUCGAGUCCAGCUGGCAUGUGUCUGCUUUACAGCGGGCAGAGGGUGCUCAGUUCACCCCAGAACAGCUGGGCAUCAAACCAGGGCAGAAUGGACCCACGUUUACCCGAGCCUCCCGCACCAGGAUGCCAAACCUCAACGACCUGAAGGAGACUGCGCUUUAA